AAUUCAUCAGUUAAGGAAAUGGAAGAAGUUGAUGAACCUGAUCAGCCUAUCUCAGGAGGGAGGCAAGAAACUCGAAAGAGAAGAUGCCCCAGCCAACCAAUGGUAGACAAAUCUCAGCAAACUGAAAUGACAGAGAAAAAGAAACCCAUUACCACACCACCAUCAUCUGGCCCCAAAGCUACUAUUAGUAUUGGUAAUAUUCCUGCGAGCAAAGGAAACUACUCUGCCAAGGAAUAUGAGUCUCUUAGAAUAUCUUCUCAACUUCAGCAAACUUGGACAAAGAGAAAGCAUGGACAGGAAAUGGCUAAUAAAUCUCUGCAGACAGAUCCCAUCAUAAAAGAGAAAAAAGAAAUCAAUUUAGUUGAUGAAACAGUGGUACCUGAAGAAAAGCCAGCUGGCAUUGGGGAAGUGGCCUCUGAAUUACCAGAGUGGGUUCAGGAAGUAGAAAUUCCAAUAAGCAGACCCUCAGUUCAGUCAAAAAUAGACAAAUCUCAGCAGACCAGUUGUAGUGGAGACAUGCUAAACAUUCCCCACGUAGAAAAAGUUGACAAGGAACAGCAGACAUCCUUUAGUGAAUUUGAAGUAAUGGUUAUUUCUAGGCCAAGUAGUUCUUUUACAAAAUCAAAGAAAGGUGCCCAAAAAGAUAAAUCCUCAGGAAAUAUUUUUGUUAGUGAACACCCUGAAUUUCAACCAGAAAAAAGUAGCCAUGAAGAAAUUAGGCAGAAAAGUGUUGACAGAGCUUCAUUUACUCAGGAAACCGAAGAAGAUACUCCAGUAGUUUUAGAAGAUGGGUCUAGCCCAGAGGUAACCAUACCUGUGGAAGAGGGUUCCUUUGUUAAAAAGGGGGAUUCUGCUGAAAUAGAGCCUUCCAUUGCAGAAGAGAUCCCCGCUGAAGUACAGCCCCAAACAGCUGAAGAGGCCACAGUUAAAGCAGAGCCCAGACUUGCUGAGGAGACCUCUAUCCAAGUGCAGCCUCCAGCUGAAGAGAUGCCUGCAGCAGAGGCAGCCACUCUCAUGGCAGAGGCCGCUGUUGAAGUACAGGUUCAGUCAGCUAAAGAGCUGCCUUUAGUAGAGUCUCCUGUUGAGAUUUGGCCUUCGCCAGUGGAAGAGACUCUUUUACAAAAGUCUUCUGAUGAAAACCCUAUUGAAGUUCAGCCUCCGUCAGCUCAAGAGGCUCCUACAGAAGAGGUUCUGGCUAAAAUUUAGCCUCCAUCAGCUGAGGAUGGUCCUAUAUAAGAGGCCUCAGGUGAAUUUCAGUCUCCAGGAUUUGAGAAGGCUCCUGCAGAAGACACUCCUGUUCAAGUUCAGUCUCAACCAACUGAAGAAUCUCCUGAAAAAGAAGCCCCUGCCCAAGUGCAGUCUCCACCAGCUGAUGAGGCUCCUGCAGAAGGGGUCCCUGCUCAAGGUCAGCCUCUACCAGCUGAAGAGCCUCCUAUAAAAGAGGUACCAGCUCAAGUUCAGCCUUCACCAGCUAAGAAGCCUCCUGCAGAGGUCCCUGCUCAAGUGCAGUCUCCAAAAGCUAAGGAGCCUCCUGCAGAAGAGGUACCAGCUCAAGUUCAGCCUCCACCAGCUAAGGAGACUCCUGCAGAAGGGGUCCCUGGUCAAGUGCAGUCUCCACCAGCUGAGGAGCCUCCUGCAAGAGGUCCCAGCUCAAGUUCAGCCUCAACCAGCUAAGAGCCUCCUGCAAAAGAGGUACCAGCUCAAGUUAAGUCUCCACCAGCUAAGGAGCCUCCUGCAGAGGUCCCUGCUCAAGUUCAGCCUCCACCAGUUGAUGAGGCACCUACAGAAGAGGACCCUGCUGAAAUUCAGAGUCAACCAACUUGAGGGACUACUGCAGAAGAGGCCCCUGCUAAAGUUCAGUCUCCACCAGUUGAUGAGGCACCUACAGAAGAGGACCCUGCUGAAAUUCAGAGUCAACUAGCUGAGAAGCCUCCUGCAGAAGACACCUCUGUUCAAGUUCAGUCUCCACCUUCUGAUGAGGAUCCUGAAGAAGAGACCCCUGCUGAAGUUCAGUCUCCAUCAGCUGAGAAGGCCCGUGCUGAAUUCCAGUCUCCACUAGUUGAGAAGGCUCCUAAAGAAAAGGCCACUGCUCAAGUUCAUUUUACACCAGUUGAUGAGGCACCUACAGAAGAGGCCCCUGCUGGAAUUCAGAGCCAACCAACUGAGAAGCCUCCUUCAGAAGAGGCCCCUGCUGAAGUUCAGUCUCCACCUUUUGGUGAGGCACCUGCAGAAAAGGCCUUUCCUGCUGUUUGGUCUCCAAUAGAUGAGGAGGUCUCUGCAGAAUUUUAUUCUUCAUCAGUUGAAGAGACUUCUAUAGAAGAGGUCCCAGCUGAAGUUCAGCCUACACCAGUUGAGGGAAUCCCUGAAAAAGAGGCCACUCCUGAAGUUCAGUCUCCACCAUUAUGACAAGGCUCCUACAGAAGAGAUCCCU